GCCGCGCCGUCCGAGGGCCCCCGCGCCGGGGGCGGCGGGGAACCCCAGACGCAGCCGGCCUGGAGGGAUCUCCACGCCGAGCGAUCCGCUGCCACCGCGUUCGCGCCGCCCCCGCGGGCUGGCAAGUACUCCGCCGCUGUCUCUCCGCCCGGCCGCCAGCUCCCGCGGUCCCGCCGUCAGCUCGCCCUCCAGUCUCCCGCGCGCCAUGCAGCCGCCGUCGGCCCAGCGCGCGUAGGCGCUCAUCGCAAGCCAUGCUGCCCCUGCUAGCCGCGCUGCUGGCCGCUGCCUGCCCGCUGCCGCCGGCCCGCGGCGGGGCCGCGGACGCACCGGGCCUCCUUGGGGCGCCCCCCAACGCCUCGGUCAACGCGUCGUCCACGGGCGAGCCCGCGGCCCCGCAGCUGCUGGGCUCGGCGGCUCCCGGGCCCCCCGAGCGCCCGGGCCCGGAGGAGGUGGCGGCGGCGCCGUGCAACAUCAGCGUGCAGCGACAGAUGCUGAGCUCGCUGCUCGUGCGCUGGGGCCGCCCGCGGGGCUUGCAGUGUGACCUGCUGCUCUUCACCACCAACGCGCACGGCCGCGCCUUCUUCGCCGCCGCCUUCCACCGCGUGGGGCCGCCGCUGCUCAUCGAGCACCUGGGUCUGGCGGCGGGAGGCGCGCAGCAGGACCUGCGCCUCUGCGUGGGCUGCGGCUGGGUGCGCGGCCGCCGUUCCGGCGGCCUCCGGCCCGCUGCCACCGCCGGGGCGCCCACAGCGCUGCCCGCCUACCCCGCGGCCGAGCCCCCCGGGCCGCUGUGGCUGCAGGGCGAGCCGCUGCAUUUCUGCUGCCUAGACUUCAGCCUGGAGGAGCUGCAGGGCGAACCGGGCUGGCGGCUGAACCGCAAGCCCAUCGAGUCCACGCUGGUGGCCUGCUUCAUGACCCUGGUCAUCGUCGUGUGGAGCGUGGCCGCCCUCAUCUGGCCGGUGCCCAUCAUCGCCGGCUUCCUGCCCAACGGCAUGGAGCAGCGCAGGACCACCGCCGCCGUCCCCGCCGCCCCCGCCGCGGUGCCCGCGGGGACCACCGCCGCCGCUGCGGCCGCCGCGGCCGCCGCCGCUGCCGCCGCGGCCGUCACCUCGGGGGCUGCCACCAAGUGACCCGCUCCGCUCCUCCCUGCGUCCGCCGGGUGUCGCGCUCUUGAGCACCUUUCCCGCCGGAGACUUGGCCAGUGUGCUUCGUGCUGUAGUGACCGUUAGUUCUUCUUCCGGGAGGGGGUCGCCAGAGAGGCCCCAACGUGUUUGAAAAGCAAGGUUUGUGCAGCGAUCUGGUUCCAAAAAGGUGCCAGCACUUGAACUGAAGGGUGGGGUCUGCGGCCGGGAAGACUGAGAGGACGGAAGUGGGGCCUUUUCCCCUCUAUUGCAUCCACCUGACCCCCUCCCUCCCGCACCCACGUGCCCUAUAUUCAUGGCAGAAAAUGACCAAAUCCUGUGUAUUUGUUUUAUAUAUUUAAUAACAGUUUUAAAUGAAAGUUUUAGUAAAAAAUCAAAUUGCUAUUGCUGAAGUAAGAGAAGCUCUUUGUAUCGGAACAUAGUAUUUGAAGUUUGUUGUUUUUUUUUAAAACUUAUUUAAAAGGGGGGGCAUGGGAAUGAUUUAACACCGAUAUAUUAUUACCGCUGAAAAUGAACUUUAUGAACCUUUUCCAAGUUGAUCUAUCUAGUGACGUGGCCUGGUGGGCAUUUCUUCUUGUACUUCUGUGUUUUGUUUUGUUGUUUUUUUGGCUUUUAAUACAGACAUUUUCCUCCAGAGAUGCGUAUGCAGCUUUUUCUUUUCCUUUCUUUCUUUUUUUUUUUUUUUGAGUUAAGAGAAAUAAUCCAAGAAUUACAAGAUGUUCCCCCAGAAACGUGGAGGGAGGAAAUCUCCACAAAGUUCCAAAAGGGCUCCUGCUGUCUCCCUUACCUGUCUGGGAGAGGUCGCAGAUGGGAACCGUGUUCCUUGCUCUGGUGGAAAUUGUUUUGUGCCACCCUACACUGCCCCCCACCCCUACGCCUACCCCUCAGCCCCACUGACGUCUGUUAUGGUAGCAUCCAAGGUUUAUGUGAUUUAUCUUUUUACUCAUUGACCCAAGCUCUG